AUGGCAGAGUACGACGCUGCGAUGAGGAAGUACGCAAGUGACGGACAUGCGGAGAAGGUACUCGUCGAGUCAGAGAACGGGAAACAACCUCAGCAAGUCUAUUACAUGCCGCAUCAAGCUGUGGUCAAACAGGAAUCAGAAACCACAAAGCUUCGUGUUGUCUUCGAUGGAUCCUCGCAUGCACCUACCGUAGCUUCACUUAACGAUUGCCUGGAAAAAGGACCCAGUCUGAAUACGGAUCUUCUGCCGGUCUUGAUACGUUUCCGAAUGUACCGUAUCGGUCUGGCAGCAGACAUUGAGAAAGCCUUUCUUCAGGUUGAGGUCCAAGAAAGGGACAGGGACGCUUUGAGAUUUCUGUGGUGUCAAGAUGGUCCUACGGAAGAUAUUUCUCAGAAUCCGGUGGAAGUAUGGAGAAUGAAACGUGCACCCUUCGGAACGACAGCGAGCCCCUUUCUUUUGGCGGCCACACUGAGACAUCACCUAGACAACGUCAAAGGGCAUUUCCAACGGACGGCACGGCGCAUUGUCAAUAGUUUCUACGUGGACGACCUAUUGGCGGGUUCAUCAACGGUGGAUGGAGCAAUAGCGAUAUAUAACGACGCUUCAUCUAUCCUUCAGGAAGCUGGCAUGAAUUUACGAAAAUGGAUUUCAAACGCAGAAGAGGUACGAAAACAGUUUGGUGACCAAGACACCAACAGUAAACAAGAGAGGACCCUGAGUUGCAGGGAGGAUCGGAAAGUUCUCGGUAUACUGUGGGACACGUACGGUGAUACUCUCAAGGUAUCAGGCAAACGCAUGCUAGAGGAUGGCGUAGCGCUCAUCAGCAGUAAACGCGGAAUUCUGAGCGCAGCAGCGAAGCUGUUUGACCCUCUGGGCAUGCUCUCUCCGUUCAGCAUUCGAAUCAAAAUGCUGUUUCAACGUUUGUGGGAGGAGAAGCUUGAUUGGGACACGCCUUUGACCGAAAAUAUACAAGAGCUGUGGCAUACCUGGUGGUCGGAGCUGCCAAAGUUGGACAACAUCGCACUAAAUAGGUGUCUCGUUCCAGACGGAAAUUACAACUUCAAGUAUGAGCUUCACAUCUUCAGCGACGCUAGUCCUUAUGCAUACGGAGCCUGUUUGUAUUUAAGAGCCAUUGCAAAUGGAAGAACAGCGAAGGUCGGGUUUGUGUUUGCAAAGGCUCGGGUGGCGCCUUUGAAGGCCCUAACUUUACCACGACUAGAGAUUAUGGGCGCCCUGUUGGGAGUGAGGCUAUCAAAGAAAAUAACUGAAGCUUUGACGCGACUGAAGGAAGUGACCUGCGUAUACUGGACAGAUUCGUCAAUCACCCUUUGUUGGGUACCAGGUUCUCCGUUACGUUGGAAACAAUUUGUAAGAAAUAGAGUUAUUGAGAUCCAGGAAAAAAGCGACGUAUCAGCUUGGCGAUUUUGUCCUGGGAAAGAAAAUCCAGCUGACCUAUUGACCAGGGGGGAGUCACUUGAAACGCUUGAGAAGUGUGACACAUGGUGGAACGGACCAAAGUGGCUCGAACGGGACGAAGACGAAUGGCCUGCUCAAACGGUGCUUCCGGAAAUAAAGGACCUUACUGAUCAAGAGGAUGUGCACAAUGACUCCACUACGUUGCAAAGUUCUGUCAAUAUAGGAGUUCCCGCUGUACUGGAUCUCGACCGAUUCAGCAGUUUGCGUAGAGCUCCCAGAGUGACAGCGUGGAUCAAACGGUUCGUCGACAAUAGCCGACCAGGUAACCCACGGGUCUUUGGGGCACUCUCAACAGAAGACAUUAGUUGGGCAGAGAACUAUUGGGUGAAACGAGCUCAAGAGGAAAGGUAUGGACUCGAGAAGCAAACCCUGAGUCUGGGAAAGGCGUUAGAGAAGAACUCGGCUGCAGUGAAGCUAGCACCUUUUCUUGACAACGAAGGAAUCAUGCGGAUCUCCGGACGUCUUCAUUUCUUGGAAAUUUCAGGAACAGUAAAGCACCCGAUUCUGCUUCCACCCGACCAUCGAUUUACGGUACUGACUGUGGAAUCAGUGCACCUGAGGGUUCUGCACGGAGGAGUGCAAGAUUCCCUAACUGAACUUCGGGAGCGAUUUUGGAUUCCAAAAGGACGACAGAUUGUGAAAAAAGUAAUCUUUCACUGCAGGGGUUGUACCAGGUACCGCGCUAAAGCAGCGACAGCAAGAAUGGCUCCAUUACCACAGGAUCGAGUAGAAGCCGGUACGCCAUUUGAAGUCGUCGGGAUUGAUUUUGCCGGUCCUGUUUUCUUCAAAGGAGCAGUACGCGACGAAAAGUCCUACAUUUUGCUCAUCACAUGUGCGACAACUCGAGCCAUUCAUUUAGAGCUCGUAUCUAAAAUGUCCACAGAAUGCUUCCUGCUAGCCUUCUCCGGGUUCAUUGCUUGGCGAGGCAUACCUAAAGUGAUAUACACUGACAAUGCACUAACCUUCAAGAGGGCGUCGAAAGACAUAAGUAUUUUCUGCGACACUUUGCAAAGACAGCGUUUUCACGACUAUUGUACAGAGAAAAUGAUAACAUGGAAGUUUAUCAUGACAUAUGCUCCAUGGUGGGGAGGGUUCUGGGAACGUUUGGUAAAAACAGUGAAAGGGACCCUCCGGAAGACACUGGAUCGUAACAGAUAUGGGUUUGAAGAACUGACUACAAUCUUACAGCAAGUUGAAGCAGUUGUAAAUUCAAGGCCACUUACCUAUCUUUGUGACUGCCCAGAAGACCUUUCCCCUCUAACUCCCGCACAUUUCCUGACGGGAAAGAGACUCACGUGUUUGCCAGUGGCUCCUAUACCAACGCCGCGAUCAACGAGUGUACAAGUUAAAGCUAACUGGAUAAAGCACGAAAGAGCUAUUGACAGCUUCUGGAAGAGGUGGCUGAAAGAGUACUUCCUACAACUUCGUUCAGCUCAUAGUUGGAGUGUACAUAAGUCUUUGCCAGUGAAGGAGGGCGAUGUGGUGUUGAUCAGCGAAGAAAAGUUUCCUCGACACAUGUGGAAGAUAGGAAGAGUUGCUACUGUGUUUUGGGGGCGGGACAAGGUGGUGCGGGCCUGCGCAGUGAAGCUGCCAGACAAAACAGUACUGCGACGACCGGUGCAGCUUCUGUAUCCUCUCGAAAUGGUGUAA